AUGGUCACUCACAGGAGAUAUCAUCAAACGAAUUCAACCCUUAUUAAGGAGGAAGCCGGAUUUGUGUAUGAAGAGGCUUGUGUGAAGGAGGAGUGGGAGGACAGCACAGCCGGGUGCGGCGUGAGCGAGGCCGCCAUGCCGGCCGGCCUGUACGACGAGCACGUGGUCAAGGACGAGCUCGUGCUGGGGCCGGAGCGCCCGCACCGCCCCAUAGUCGCCCCGGUGGUGACAGCGCCCACUCUCGUCUCCUCUGCGGUGGUGUCGGGUCGGCGCGGCUCGUGCUCGGUCAGGCUGGAGCGCCUGCUGGUGGACGCGGCGCGGCGCACCUGCCGGGUCGGGCGCCGCACAUACAAGCUGCACGCCACCGAGCCCGCACCCACACCCCAUGUCACCACCACCAUCUAUCAAUGUCACCAUUGCGGCAAACUGUUCAGGAGCAAGUCGGUUCUGAAGAAGCACGUACACACUCACUCGCCUUUACAUAAUCCAACCGUAGGGGAUUAUCGUUUAGAACGACAUCAAAUGCUACAUGGUGACAAAAAACUGACGAAAAAGGCUCACAUGAUUAUACACUCAGGCGAAAAGCCUUUCAGGUGUAAAUACUGUGGCUACGAGAGUAGUAGAAAGUCAAAUUUACGGACUCACCUGAUGACUCACACAGACGAGAAGCGUUUCAGGUGUACACACUGUGACCACAAGUCUAGAACAAAAGCACACUUACGGUAUCACCUGAUGACUCAUACAGACGAGAAGCCUUUCAGUUGUAGUCACUGUGGCUACAAGGGUAAAAGAAAAGCACAAUUACAGAGACACCUGAUGACUCACACAGAAGAGACGCCUUUCAGUUGUAGUCACUGUAGCUACAAGUGUAAAAGAAAAACACAGUUACGGAAACACCUGAUGACUCACGCAGACGAGAAACAUACCAAUUGUAGUCACUGUAGCUACACAUGUAGAAGUAAAGCAGAUUUACAGAGUCACCUGAUGACUCACACAGACGAGAAAUCUUUCGGGUGUACUCACUGUGCCUACAAGUGUAGAAGAAAAGCAGAUUUACAGCGUCACCUGAUGACUCACACCGACGAGAAGCCUUUCAGGUGUACACACUGUGACCACAAAUCUAGAACAAAAGCAGAUUUACAGCGUCACCUGAUGACUCACACAGACGAGAAGCCUUUCAGUUGUAGUCACUGUAGCUACAAGUGUAAAAGAAAAGCACAAUUACAGGUUCACCUGAUGACUCACACAGAAGAGACGCCUUUCAGUUGUAGUCACUGUAGCUACAAGUGUAAAAGAAAAGCACAGUUACAGACUCACCUGAUGACUCACACAGACGAAAAACAUAUCAGUUGUAGUCACUGUAGCUACACGUGUAGAAGUAUAUCAGAUUUACAGAGUCACCUGAUGACUCACACAGACGAGAAAUCUUUCGGGUGUACUCACUGUGCCUACAAGUGUAGAAGAAAAGCAGAUUUACAGAGUCACCUGAUGACUCACACCGACGAGAAGCCUUUCAGGUGUACACACUGUGACCACAAAUCUAGAACAAAAGCAGAUUUACAGCGUCACCUGAUGACUCACACAGACGAGAAGCCUUUCAGUUGUAGUCACUGUAGCUACAAGUGUAAAAGAAAAGCACAAUUACAGGUUCACCUGAUGACUCACACAGAAGAGACGCCUUUCAGUUGUAGUCACUGUAGCUACAAGUGUAAAAGAAAAGCACAGUUACAGACUCACCUGAUGACUCACACAGACGAAAAACAUAUCAGUUGUAGUCACUGUAGCUACACGUGUAGAAGUAAAGCAGAUUUACGGACUCACCUGAUGACUCACACAGACGAGAAGCGUUUCAGGUGUACACACUGUGACCACAAGUCUAGAACAAAAGCACACUUACGGUAUCACCUGAUGACUCACACAGACGAGAAAUCUUUCGGGUGUACUCACUGUGCCUACAAGUGUAGAAGAAAAGCAGAUUUACAGACUCACCUGAUGACUCACACUGACGAGAAGCCUUUCAGUUGUAGUCACUGUAGCUACAAGUGUAAAAGAAAAGCACAAUUACAGGUUCACCUGAUGACUCACACAGACGAGAAGCCUUUCAGUUGUAAACACUGUGACCACAAGUCUAGAACAAAAGCACACUUACAGUUACGGAAACACCUGAUGACUCACACAGACGAGAAGCCUUUCAGGUGUAGCCACUGUAGCUACAACUUGGCAAAUUGCUCACAGAGAGUUAUGAGUUCUCGAAGGCCCCCAACUCCCAAUGGACUCAGCAGCGCCAUGUCGUCUGCGUAG